GGGAUACGUAGUAGUCUGCUAAUCUCUGGCGUCCAGUUGGUGGAAAUCCCCACGUGGUUUGUACUCUUGUAUAAAAACUUUGGGUGCGCUGUGUCCCUGUGUCGUGAUCCCAGGCCAGAGGAGGAUAGACGCCAAGGCAAGAGCAUCUGUGAGGACGCGCGGAUCUGUCCACUCACCGACACAGAGGACAGACUACCGAGAGAGACACCAAGAGAGUCUGCAUAGCGCACUUAAUGAUUGAACUUCAAGACGGACUCAUUUGGUUUCCCAAGUUGUUGCGCUGAGACUGAUUUUUUGAAUGGGAAGGGUGCACUUUUAACUUUUUUGCGCAUUUUGGACACCGGCAUUCAAAGCAUUGCAGACCGUUUGGAUGAGCCUUAAUCUUCAUCUUCUUCUUUGAUUGUUUUGAUAAAGUGCAAAGAGAAAGCGUUGACAAUCCCAGCUGACCUGACGGCAACAGUUUGGAGACUAUCCGUGCUGAAAUCAAAGCGCUGGUCGACUGGAUGACUGUUCCUGAGGCGAACGAAGCAUGGCUGCAGAAUUAGACUCACUAUGACUCGGAUUAUCAAGCCAGCGUUUAUGUGAUCAAUCUGGGAAUACACGCCCUCACUGUUGGAUUUAAAUUGACAUUUUAUAGAGUUUUGAAAUUGACAUAUUAUAGAGUGAUCACACGCGUUAGGCUUCAGCUCUGCGCGUCAUCCUUGUUUGUUAUAUCUUUCAGAGACGUUUUGCCCAAUUAAAAAAAAAAUGUGCAAGUCCACGCAAACACUCUCAUGUUUAUUGGCCUGCAUCCUCUAUACCCUGUGCUCUGUGCUGGCCGACGGCACGGAGACGCAGACCCAGGCGUCCCAGGAGGGGUGCGCGUCGUGCGGCUUUAGAGCGCCCGACCAGUCGGAGCGAGUGGAUGUGGACUUUCUGGAGGCGGUGAAGAGGCACAUCCUGAACCGACUGCAGAUGCGGGAGAGACCCAACAUCACCCACCCUAUACCCAAAGCAUCCAUGGUGACCGCCCUGAGGAGACUCCACGCUGGGAAAGUACGCGCGGACGGCCGGGUUGAGAUUCCAAACUUUGACGGCCAGGCGGCCUACAAUAACGAGAUACAAGAGGAGAGUUCGGAGAUUAUUAGUUUUGCUGAAUCAGAUGAGCCGGCCUCCUCCAAGUCCAGCCUCUUCUUCCAAAUCUCCAACGAGGGCAACCAGAACCUCUACGUGUCCCAGGCCAACCUCUGGCUCUACUUCCGUGUACUGCCGGCGGGGCCCGACCGAGGCCCCCGGAGGAAGGUGACCGUCAAGCUCCACUACCAGGAGGCCGGGUCCAGCAGCAGCAGCAUCCCGGGGGUCGGGGUUCCUGAUGGUGGUGGUGGAGGCGGUGGUGGUACCGGACGCUGGGUGCUGGUGGAGAAGCGCGUGGACCUCAAGCGCAGCGGCUGGCACACCUUCCCGCUGUCGGACGCGGUGCGGGCAGUGUUCAGCAAGGGCGGCCGGCGGCAGGACCUGGAGGUGCGCUGCGACGGCUGCGAGACGGCGGGUGUGUUGCCGGUGCUGGUGGACGCAGCGGACCCCUCCCACCGGCCAUUCCUGGUGGUGCGCGCCCGGCAGGGGGAGGGCAAGCACCGCAUCCGCAAGCGGGGGCUGGAGUGUGACGGCAGCAGCGGCGGCCUGUGCUGCCGCCAGCAGUUCUACAUCGACUUCCGCCUCAUCGGCUGGAACGACUGGAUCAUCGCGCCCGCCGGCUACUACGGCAAACUACUGCGAGGUGCAGCUGCACCGGCGUACAUGGCGGGGGCGUUGCCGGGGUCGGCGUCGUCCUUCCACACGGCGGUGGUCAACCAGUACCGCAUGCGGGGCAUGAGCCCGGGCUCUGUCAGCUCCUGCUGCAUCCCCACCAAGCUCAGCACUAUGUCCAUGCUGUACUUUGACGACGAGUACAACAUCGUCAAGCGGGAUGUGCCGAACAUGAUCGUGGAGGAGUGCGGAUGCGCCUGAGGCAGUGGUUCCCCCCCCCCCCCACACACCUCACCCCUCUGCCAGAGAUCGUCCCCCUCUUUCCUCCCACUUUGAACUCGAAAAAAUAAAAACUGUGGAGAGGAAAAGAAAAAAAGGCCUUUUUUGUCGAAACAGACCCCUUUAUUCGGCGAGUAUAUAAAACAUAUCUAAAUUCUUAAGCGCAAGUAGCACAAACCCCCAAGUGGUACCAGCAGACCCGAGAGAUGCGUGUUUCAGUGUUGCAUACGCGUGUGCCUGCGAUCACAUGUGUGAUGUGUAUGUGUGCCUGCAAGUGUGUGUAUUUAUCCGAUGGAGCGGCACUUGUGUGCUACUUAUAGUUUCUGCCGGGGGUUCUGAACGCCGAAACCGCAAGCCAGCACAGUGAGAGCGAUUGAACAAGAAAGGAACGGUUAUCUCCAAAUUAUAUAUUGCUCUAGUUUGCCAUUUCUAGUCAAAAAACAGUUGCACCAUCAUCUCCUCACAAAAUGAAGAUUGAAAGCGCUUAAGGACACAGACAGGGGCAUCAGCUGACAUAUGUAAUCGUCUAAUGUCAUUCCGAACCUCAAGCCUCCCCACUCCACUGCCCCUUCACACCACAUCCCUGGGAGGAAGCCCUUCUUACUUUAGCACACAACAUAACUUAUAAAGCACUGACUUAUAUCCAUUGACUUAUACAAUUCAGAACACCAGCACUUCCUGGGCCUGUGACUGUCGCUGCCGUGCUCAGAGUAAGCAGACCACAUCCCUGUCCCUUCCCUGUAAUGAGGGUGAGUCCUGGGGGGGGCGGUUUCUGUUACCACGACAACCAGGUGAAGAUGGACCUUCUAAGUGCCCUUCAUUUGUGCACUUCCUGUAACGUCAACAGAGAGAGAGUGAGAGGGACAGAGAAGGGAGGGA